AAUUAAUCCCAAACCAGCCCAAGCCUGCGACCUUCUUGUGCGAACUGGCGGAAGUUUGGAAGCAGCAGAACUGCGAAGCACGGACGUCGAAGAGGAAGUAGCGGAGCUGCGACGGAGACACGAACCCCAGCCGACCUGAGGCCACCAGAUGCGCCGCCUCCCGCCGUUCACGCUCCAGUUCCCUGAGUCAUCCAUCUUCCCUCUCCGGCUCUCCGAGUGACCGAGUCCGACUCUCCCCUCUGCGGCUGCCUCCAGCUCCAGAUCUGCCAUAGCAAGAAUUAGGAUGAAGGUGAAGGUGGUUUGCCGGAAACUGUAUGAUUAUGUACGCUAUGACCUGAAGGAAAUUGCAUUCCCUUCAUCUUUACCUGACCCACCUCAUAUGAAAAAGCGCCGUAAAAUAACAUGGAAGGAGCGUUUCCUUAUAUUGAAGGAAGCGUCUAGACUUUAUGCUGCAAGCUGGGUAAGAGACAUUGGCCCUGAACUUCGACCUAAUGACUACAAAAAGAAACAAUCCAGUGAAGACAUGCUUCACGAAGAGAAUGGUACAAUUAAAGAGAAGGAACCCUCAACACUGGAGGACCUAGCUGUUGCUGCAAGGGGUGGAAUGGAAACUCUUAGGCCUGCAUUGCAGCGGGUUUACAUGACUAGAGCGACAGCAUACAAAGAUGCUCUUAAAAGCUUCAUUGAAGGAUAUCAAGAAGGUAUUCAGCAUGUUGUGGAUAAGAAAGAAGAGACUAAAGUUCAAGAAGAAAAGGAUGCACAUAAAUGAACAAGGUGGCUUGCUAAGUUAAACAUGUGACUUGCUUCUAAAUAGCUGAUAUUUUUGUAUAAACCACUAUUUUUGGCUGUUCUUUACAUCUACAUGUCUGGCAGUUGUCUCUGUGUUUUUAAUGGAAAGUUUUAGAACUUCUUGAGGUGAGUAUUUCAUUAAUUUCUGGGUCAAUAUACUGCACCCUUUUCCCUUUAUCAUGUUUUUCUUCUAAAGUUAUUGUAAAUAUGCUAUGUGUUUUGUUUAGUUAGGCAAUAGGUACACACC